AUGUGUAUAGCUUUGUUUCUAUGGCAAUCUCAUCCACUUUAUCCUUUUCUUCUUUUAAACAAUAGAGACGAAUACCACAACAGGGCUACGAAGAAAGUGUCAUGGUGGGAAGAAUGUGAUAUAGUGGGAGGAAGAGAUGAAGUAGGAGGAGGGACAUGGUUGGCUUGUACUUCACAAGGAAGAGUGGCUUUUCUUACCAAUGUUUUGGAGCUUCAUACUCACCCUCAGGCCAAAACUCGUGGAGACUUACCCCUCAUGUUUCUCAAGAGCAACAAGAAUCCCAAAGAAUUUGCAGAAAGCUUAAAAACAGAAGCUCAAUAUUACAAUGGAUUCAACUUAGUCGUUGCUGACAUUACCUCAAAAUCUAUGGUGUACAUAUCCAACAGGCCCAAGGGAAAGCCCAUUACCAUUCAAGAAGUUCCUCCUGGCCUACAUGUACUUUCAAACGCCAAGUUAAAUUCACCAUGGCAUAAGACUCAACGACUUCGAAUUAGAUUUAAAGAGUAUAUUGUGGAAAAUGGAGAAGUUGAGAUAAAUGUGAAGGAAGUAAUUAAAAAACUAAUGAAGGACAAAGUUAAAGCAGACAAAACCAUGUUACCUAAUAUAUGCUCACUUGAUUGGGAAUUCAAUCUUAGCUCCAUUUUUGUUCAAGUAGAAACACCAUUGGGUGUAUAUGGCACUAGGAGUAGUGCUGCUUUAACAGUUAGAUCAAGUGGGAAAGUAAGCUUUUAUGAACAUCAUCUUGAUGAUGACAAUGUGUGGAAGGAGCAUGUUAUUGAUUUCAAUAUUCAUAAGAAUUAG